AGUAUCACUUUUGUACUGUACAUUUUCAAUAAUUUACCCUCAACAACACAAUUUGUGCUGACUUUUACUACAAAUCAAUAAUUCAGAUGAUUUGUAAUACACACACUGGGCAGAUCAGUGGGCAAUUAUUAGUGUAAAACAGCUAAAUGACAAGGUCCACAUGGUGGCUUGGUGACGGGUACGCUUCUAUGUGAGUAGUAGUAGUUGUUGUUGUUGUAAAUAGAUAGAUGGAUAGACAGACUUUAUUGAUCCUUCAGGAAAGUCAGGCAUCCAGCAGCAUAUACUACACAUGAACACCAACAUCACGCACCAGUGGUUUGGACAUUUCACCUGAAAUCUGGAUAUGAGCGCUGAGGGCUCGUAUGGAUGUGGUGGCUGUGGGAUAAAGUCAUGUGUCUCACAGCGCAAAAAGGUUGAGCAAUACAAUUAAAGGAGGUGUCUGUGAUUCUAAUCCAAUGCAUUUUUGCAGCAAAUUGCCCUUCACAGUCCUCUCCCUGUCUGCUCUCAAGAAUACCGCGGAUGUACAGUCCCGGCACUGCAAAUGGGAAAUAAAGUGACUCGGGCGGCCGAGCCAUACACGAUUCCAACUCAUCAACGCGUUGCUUCAGGAGCCUGGAAGGGAGGGGUAUAAUUUGAUUGGUUGUUCAGCUCAAAUAUCAACAGUUAAAAGUAUCAUUAAAUGAGUAGUAGUAGUAGAGGUAAGGGAUAUAAUUUUGUUCAGCGGUAAGGGACAGAGUAUUUUUAUGAGUAUUCAAAACAGGAGCACUUAGGCGUAUAUGUCUUACAUUACUGGUUUGACUUUUGAAGAGACAUAGUUUUAUGAGAAAAUGACAUGGAAAAGUACUCAUUUCCAGAAAACACAAAGCACAUAUUUCCUAGAAAAGUGCUCAAAGACAGAAUCCAAAAUUAAUCUGCAUCCACUAAAGCCAUGAUUGAGGCACACUGUGCCUUACCUUCUCUGCAGAUUGGUCAAAUAAGUGUUUGUAAACACCUCUAUCAAACAUAUGGAAUAGACUACUCAGAAAUCAUCCCUAUAUGAACAUCUGAUUGGCUGUAUUUGAAUCUUACACUGGACAAAUAAUAACAAUAAUAACAAGAUGAAUAACAAUAAUAUUUUAUGUUGAGACAUGUCAAUGGUGAGAUAAUAAGUUUGUCCUCAUAAUAACUGGCAUGUCAAAGUGUACCUCUCCUAUUGCUCCUUUUAACAUAUUCCGCCGAAACAUUUGGUGUCAUGACUGUUUUGCCAGAGACCAGGCAGGCACUGACGUCUGCGUUGGUGCAGGUCCUGCGUGCCGCGUAAUGGUAACCAACCAAUCAGCUUGCAGAAGCACGCAGAAGAGUUGCGCAGACUUUAACAAGAGCGCAGCCAUCAUUCUUUCAGCCUGGCUAUUGUAGCCUACCAACAACAACGUUUGAUAAUUCAUAGAAAACGAAUAAGUACUUAUAAUGCGGUAAUUUAAUAGUUAAAAGUACAGAUCACACUUUUUACCGAAUGAAGUUGUAAAACUGUGCGUGUGACUCUAUGGGUAGCUGUAAAUGUAAGUUUGGUUAGUAUCGUAGCAUGAAGGAGUGAGUUACAUUCAGGUAACCUCGUUAAAACAGACAGUGAGGCAUCUUGCCAGCAAGCAAAUUCAGCGCAGCCAUGGACGUGAAGCCGAAGGCCGAGCCCUUUGCAGACGACUGUGUAGUGGCGCUCUCGGGCGCCUACUGUUCUGAAGGUACGGAUCCACAGAGCGACCAAGCGGCAGAUCCUACCCCGAUCAUGCUGUACUUCACCUCCAAAGAGAGCAGCAAAGUCCCUUUAGCAGCGUUGACCAACGGUGCUACUGGCUCCCAAGAUGUCAUCCCCGGUGUAGCCUGUCCGAUGGGCGUGCGAGGCCCCAGCGAAGCGGUGUCGAGCUCGUCUGAGUUCACACACGACGCCAUCAUGCUGCUGAUCGAGGCCAUGGCGGCGCGCUGGGACCUCUACGGGCAGCGGGAGCGCUCGCGCCUCUUCCAGAGUGUGCAGCAGGAGCUGGAGGGGCACGGCUACCCGCUGCCCGUCGAGAGGAUCCGCCGCAAGUGGAACAACCUCAUCGUCACCUACAAGCGCGUGAAGGAGCGAUGCAGGGGCCGCGGGCAGGCCAGGACCUCGUGGGAGUACUACGAGCAGGUGAUGGAUGCGGUGCUGGGGAAGACAGAGAUCGCUCAGGGCAGCUCGGCCUCUGCCACACUGCUGGGGUUGGCCACGACGGCACAGGCAGCAGCGCUGUGUGAUGUGCGCCCGCCUGCGGGCAUCUCCACCGCUGUGCCUUCCUGCCUCUUCUCUAGCAACAUAAUCGCCUCUGCAACUCAGGUGCCCACCCUAACCCCGCAAAGGGCCACACCACCUCCGCCCACCCUCACCCCAACCCCGCCUCUAUGCCCCUCUCCUCUAAACACCCCAUUGAGUAUUUCGGAUUCUUCAACCUUAUCACCACCCCGACCGAAAAUGACCUUUGUGCCCUCAUCCCGCCGAAAGUCUCGCCGCGCGCCCUCCAUGGGAGUGCCCACAUUUCUGAGCCAGCCUCAGGGGCAGGCGGAGCGGCGUGGCACCAUGCUGCGGGGGUACCUGAGUGCCCAGGAGCAGCGCGCCCUGCUGGACGAGCAGCGCCAAUGCAGGCAGGAGGCGCGGGAGCGACGCAGGGAGAGGACAGCCAAUCGCGUAGCGGAGGCGGUGGGUAGGAUGGCCACGGCGCUAGAGCUCAUCUCCUCCAAACAGGACACCAUCAUCGCACUGCUGCAGAGGCUAGCCGACAAACACUGAGGCUGGAGAGCACAGGACACCAUCAUCGCACGGCUGCAGAGGCUCACACCCACUGAGCCUGUAGAGUUAUAAGUUACAAGUCUUUUAUUGUCAGCUGACAGACUAAUAACCCACCCAGACUUCAAUAAAUCCAUGUACGAAUCCAAGGAUCUGUUUCAGCCAGAGGUUGUAGGUGCAUUAGAGAGCCUUGCUUUAAGACAUGAAGUAGUCCUACUCAGUGGGAUUCACAAACAAUGGAUUAGGACCUAGAAUCCAUGGCAAUCAAAGGCAUUUUUUGAGUAUCAUCAAGAUGGUUCAAGCUUGGCGUUUGACAGUUUUAAUCAAAACAGGUGCUGACUAGCAUACCUUUAACCUUAAGCUCUAAUUCAUUAAUUUUGCUUUGUAAAUCUUUACUGACUCCUGUGUGUCUAAUGCAGUAGUCUAUAGUGUGCCUACAGUAUAUAUCAUAGAAACCAUGCCAACCAAACUCACCCUGAGGCAACAAAAUGGUUGUUUUAAUAUUUGUCAUACUUUUAUUAUGGACAAUAGCCUGUUGAAAUACAUAUAUGACUUAUAUUUAUAUGACAGAUUUAAAUGACUUAUGCUACUUUUCUUCUGUGAAAACGGAAAUGAUAUCUUGCAUCACUCAUUGCAAUCAUUGAAAUGUGGGGAGCGUGCCUAUGUUCCCACAGCCCAAUGUUCACACAGCCCAAUGUUCACAUAGCCCUAUGUUCCCACAGCCCUAUGUUCCCACAUUUCUAAGAGCUUUUUCAAAAUUAGGUCUUAUGUUCCCACAGCUCUGUGUUCCCACAUUUCUAAUAUUCAUUACAAAAUUAGGCCCUAUGUUCCUACAGUUCCCACAUUUCUACCCCUGCCUGGUAGUUAAGGGUUCACCAUUCCGUAGCUGGCGAUUUGAAGGAGCUAGCUAGCUUCCCAACUCUAACCUUAACCUUAACCCUAGAACAUAGGGCUGUGGGAACAUCGGGACUCAUUUUUCAAAAUAAAUCUGGGAACAUAGGUAUGUGGGAACAUAGGGCCUAAUUUGCAAAAUUGUCAGUGAAAAAAAAAAUCCUUAGAAAUGUGGGAACA